AAUAGCACAUAUCUGUACUUACCAGACCAUAUUGUUAAAGGAGCACAGUGUGGCCAAGGCACCUGAGCCACUCCGAGGGUCACCAGAGACAAAGCUCUCCCAAAAGCCUGCUCUAAGCUUUAACUUUGGCGAGUCCCCAGUCCCACCUGAGUGGAAAGAACGCAUCACUCGGCAACUCAACAACAUGCCUGAUGUGUUUGCGCAACACGACUCGGACUUUGGCCGAACAGAUAAGGUAACGCAUCACAUAAAGCUCUCAGAUGAAACUCCCUUCAAACUGCGCCCUCGACCAAUCCACCCGCAAGACCUUGAGGCAGUUCGGAAACACAUCCAAGAGCUUCUUGAUGCAGGAGUCAUCAGAGAGUCGGAGUCACCAUUCUCGUCACCAAUUGUGGUGGUCAGGAAAAAAAAUGGCCAGGUCCGCUUGUGCAUAGAUUACAGGCGUCUCAAUCUCCAGACCAUCAAGGAUGCAUAUUCUCUCCCCAAACUCGAGGACACGUUCUGUGCUCUCAAUGGCUCCCAGUGGUUCUCUGUCCUCGAUUUAAAAUCAGGGUUCUAUCAGAUAGAGGUUGAGGAGGCAGACAAACCAAAAACUGCUUUUGUGUGCCCUCUCGGGUUUUGGGAGUUCAAUCGCAUGCCUCAGGGAGUGACGAAUGCUCCGAGCACAUUUCAAAGAUUAAUGGAAAAGUGCAUGGGAGACAUGCAUUUAAAGGAUGUGUUGGUCUUCCUCGACGACUUGAUUGUGUUCUCCAGAACCCUAGAGGAACAUGAGGAGAAGUUGAUAAAGGUGCUCUCUCGUCUCAAAGAGUUUGGUCUGAAACUGUCCCCGGAAAAGUGUGUCUUCUUUCAGACGUCAGUCCGUUACCUUGGCCAUGUGGUGUCCAGGAAUGGAGUACAAACCGAUCCAGAGAAGAUCUCUGCCCUUAAGACUUGGCCAAUUCCCCAGAACUUGCAAGAAUUAAGAUCCUUCCUUGGGUUUGCUGGGUACUAUAGGAGGUUUGUUAAAGGUUAUUCCAGUAUCGUGAAGCCCCUUCAUGAUCUAACUUCGGGUUACCCACCUUCUCAAAAGAAGGCGAAGAUGAAACAGAAAUCAGAACAGUACCACAAUCCAAAGGAGCUCUUUGGGGAACGAUGGUCCCCUGCUUGCCAGCAAGCAUUCGAGACUGUCAUCAGCAAACUUACCACCGCACCUGUGCUGGGUUUUGCGGAUCCCCAGAAGCCCUAUGUGCUCCACACUGACGCCAGUACCACCGGGCUUGGUGCUGUCCUGUAUCAGGAGCAAGAGGGUCAGCUCCGAGUUAUUGGCUACGCGAGCAGAGGGCUGUCCUGUAGUGAAAGUCGCUACCCAGCGCAUAAAUUAGAAUUCUUAGCGCUAAAGUGGUCAGUCACCGAAAAGUUCAGUGAUUACCUAUAUGGUAACCAUUUCACCGUUGUUACUGAUAACAACCCACUGACUUAUAUACUGACCUCAGCAAAACUGGAUGCGACAAGCUAUAGAUGGCUGGCGGCACUGUCCACAUUCUCAUUCAAACUUCUUUACCGGCCUGGGAAGCAGAACGGUGAUGCGGACGGCUUGUCCCGUAGGCCGCAUGGAAAGUUGGAGAAUGACCUCAAAUCCCAGAAAGAGAGGGAACGCAUUCUCCAGUUCACCCGAGAUCACCUCUCUGAUCCAGAAAACAUUGACGCAGUUGAUCAAGCAGUCGUGCAAGCCAUCUGUGAAAGGCAGCUUAUCUACAGUGUCAAUGAUGAUGAAAGUAGCGCUGAUAAUGUUGCCCUAGUUGAAUGUCUUGCCAUCUCUGCUAAUGCUGUGCCCGACAGCUAUGAGCAAGAGGGUCAAUUCGGAGGAUUGCCACUCAUUCCCCAUCUAUCUGAAGCAGAGCUGAUAGAUAAACAACGGGCAGACCAAUGUAUAAGGCAUGUCAUUUCCCAAAUCGAGUAUGGGGACACACCACCCCCCACCUUGCGGAAUCAACUCCCUGACCUCCCACUCCUGCUCCGAGAGCUAAAUCGCCUUGAGCUCUUGAAUAAUGUCUUGUACAGACGUCGUCAAGAGGGUCCCAAAACAACCUACCAACUUGUGCUCCCAGCUGAGCUCCGUGACACAGUUCUGACCAGCCUGCAUGACCAUAUGGGUCACAUGGGAGUGGACCGUACAAUGGAUCUCGUAAGGUCCCGAUUCUACUGGCCGAGGAUGGCUGUGGAUGUGGAGAGGAAGGUGAGGACAUGUGGCAGAUGCGUGCGGAGGAAGGCACCACCUGAGAGAGCGGCGCCCUUGGUCAAUAUUAACACCACUAGGCCCCUUGAACUCCUUUGUAUGGACUUUCUCUCUCUUGAACCUGAUAAAAGUGGGACCAAAGACAUCCUUGUGAUCACGGAUCACUUUACCAAAUUUGCGGUUGCCAUUCCUACACCUAACCAGAAGGCACGCACAGUGGCAAAGUGUCUGUGGGAGAACUUUAUGGUGCACUACGGCAUGCCAGAAAAGCUACAUAGCGACCAGGGGCCAGAUUUCGAAUCUCGCAUGAUAAAAGAGCUCUGUCAAGUGGCUGGCAUACAAAAAGUAAGGACAACCCCAUACCACCCUAGGGGCAACCCUGUUGAGCGAUUUAAUCGCACCUUACUAGACAUGCUAGGCACCCUUCAGAACCAAGAGAAGUCUCGUUGGCGUGAUUUUGUAAAACCCCUAGUCCACGCUUAUAAUUGCACCAGGAAUGACGUGACAGGUUUCACACCAUACGAAUUAAUGUUCGGGCGCCAGCCUCGCCUGCCGGUUGAUCUGGCAUUUGGAUUACCAGUGUGUGGCAGCCAACACACAUCACAUUCCGAGUAUGUGCAAAACCUUAAGUCACGGCUCGAGGAAAGCUACAAAAUAGCCAUGGAUAACGCUGCAAAGACAGCACACAAGAACAAAACACGGUUUGACAGGCGCGUGACUGCUUCAGACUUGGAAGCUGGAGACCGAGUACUGAUCAGGAAUGUCCGCAUCCGGGGGAAGCAUAAGAUCUCAGACAAAUGGGAGUCGAUUGUCCAUGUAGUGGUGAGCAGAGCAGGCACCCUUCCUGUCUAUACGGUUAAACCCGAAAACAAGGAUGGUCCUUUAAGGACACUGCAUAGGGACUUACUCCUCCCAUGUGGAUACUUACCUACAGAGGAGAGCAUUGAACCUGUUCAGCAACCUGCAAAGCGCAGACCAGCAACUCGUGCAAAUCCUGCUGUAGAUGCCGAUUGUUCCUCGGAGGAGGAGGACGAUGAGCUCAUUCCAGUCUACUGUUUCAACCAACCCCCAAAAGCUCAGGUCCCUGCAGUGCAUGAGAGCCCAGUACUGCCUGAUCCACCUAUGUCUAACGAACAAGAUACACAGCAUACUGAACCUCCAGAUGUAUGUUCUGUCGAGAGCCCAGUGAAUGCUCAGAAUGCUGAUUACACUCCCGAAAUUGACAAACAACCUGAUAUGUCCGAAUGUACACCAGACAGUCCCCUGACACUUGACAAACCUACCAGCCGUCAGGGUGACACUGAGUACCUAUCUACUGAAAGAGUAAUUCUAACCGAACAAAUACAUGAAACAGACCAACCCGAAAGUGUAUGCCUUGGGGAAAAAGAAAACUUACCUGAUAAUGUUGAUGACAUCUGGAAUGAACAGCUUCCAGUGCUCUCUGACAUGUCAGAGAGUGAAGAGGAGAAAGGAGAGGACGGGUCGGAUGAAAUAGAGACAGAAACUAAAGAGGAGACGGAGAGACGAACAGGAACAGAUACCUCUGUCAGAAGAUCAGAGAGGAAUCGUCAACCGUCAAGGCGACUUGAUUAUGCUGAACUUGGAAACCCCUUUGUCACAGUGGUUAAAUCGUUCUUUCAUGGACUGACCACAGCACUAGCAGGUGCUUUGAGUGAAGCUGAAAACUCCCUACAUUCCCCUGUCCUGCCUUCUCAGAUAAAACAUAUUUGAUCACUGCCAUGUACAGGGACGUACAUGAGUUCAGGAGGGGAGAGUGUAGCCCAGGCUUUAAAAUGACACCCUAUAAUAUUAGAAUUAUCCCUUUUAAAACAAUUCAUUUUAUUUUGAAACAAACAAAUAAUUAAUUUAGGGUGAUUAUAUACAUUAAGAAAAUAAUAAUACGAAGAACUAUUAAAAAGUGUUGGUAUAGAAAUAACAUUUGGAGUAAAUAUCAUUCAAAUAACUCAUAUAAAUGACUACAUCUGUUGAAAGUUGUUUAAAAUCAUGAAACUAUGUGCAUAAAGGGAGAAACACAGCCAACAUUGUAUUUUCCAAGCAGCAGUGAAGGGCUCAGUAUGACAAGAUCCCCACAUAACAAAUCAAUGAACCCCACUAGUCCCAGGUGAUCGGCUGCAGUUCCGCUUCCUGUUAUAACUUCCUGUUUUAAAAAACAGCCUAUGCUGGCUACCUCGAGUGCUGAUGGGACAUAGAGAAAAUAAAAUCUUUUGCCAUCCGUUGGAUUGUAAAGCAGCGUGAGAGGCCGGAUGAUUUUCGCGGGUCUGCCGAGGUGAAAUGCUGUAAACCUCGUUCAUACUUUGACUCAGCGGUCAGGUUUUUGGUGAUACCAUAAAGAAAAAGGGGACGCAGCCAGUACUUCCUGCUGGACUCCUGCAAGGCUUCAGAUCCCUAGACCCAGAGAUUCCCAGUGUGAACUGGGUGGCGAGCCGAACCGAACCACUGGUAUUGAACCUGAGAUGCGUGCAGGGUUCCUUGGUUUCUCCUUUCUCACAGACCGUGCGGUAGGACUAAAAUAGACAGUGAUACACUGACAAUUGGUCGGAAAAAGGGCCCCAACGCAAUAAGGACUAACUUUGGGAACAAAGGGUAUCUUUUGUUUUAUUUUGCCGGCUUUAUUAUUUUAGUUUGUUAUUUUUCAUACAUUGUUCUUUCCAAAAAAAAAGCUGUUGUAUUACAUGUUGACCUUCAGCUUGAAAUAACAAGUGGCCACAAACAUACAAA